AUGUCCGACAAGGAAGGCAGCGACGUUCCUUUUAUUGUUCGAAGCUCACUUCCUUCUCCUCAUGACGACCUUCUUUGCAUAUACACAACCACUUCAUCACGGUGCCCUCAGCAAAGACUCGAAGGCAAAAGGCACUGCGAUAGGCAUCUAGAAUUUGAAAGUAGUAGCAGAGGAAGGAUUCAUAACGUUUCUAGGGUUACAUAUCGUGGCAGAGGAAGACCUCGUAAGGCUUCUAGGGUUUCUGGAAACUUUUCUCAGGGAGCCGAAGAAGACGAGGCAAACGGCAAAAAGCACUGCGAUAAGCAUCUAAGAUUUAAAUGUCGUGGCAGAGGAAGGCCUCCUAAGGAUUCUAGGGUUAAAUUUCGUGGCAGAGGAAGGCCUCCUAAGACUUCUAGGCUUUCUAGAAAGUUAUUUCUUGAAGCCGAAGAAGUCGAGGUUCAGAAAUCGAAUGAGCUUGAAGUAGUGAAGAAUCAGGUAGUUGAAACUCGGUCUUCUGUUAAGGCUGAAGAAGGGGAACAUGAAAAGACAGGUGGUACUAAAGGCGUUAAGCCUAGAAAGCCGAAAUUAGGUCAGCAGAUCUUCUGCGAAGAAUAUUGCAAUUCUGAUCGUCGAACGAGAGGGGAGGAGUCGAGAACUAGGGAUGUAAAUGAAGAGGAGGUUAGUUUGAACGUGACACCUCCAGAUGAGCUGCGUUGCAAUCGGAAUGAUGGGAAGGACUGGCGGUGCAAGAACUGGAAAAUCCAUGGUAAGUCCGUCUGCCAAGAGCAUUAUCUUCAGAGUUUGCAAAAGUCUAGGGUUAAGGCUUCCAAAGCUCCGGCGAAGAAACGUAAAGGGAAGAAGGGUCGGGGAAAGAAAAGGAAGGAGAUUCAGAAGAAGAGUGAACCAAAAACUGGUGCUUUGUUAAUGAAGAGAAAUAAAGAGGAAAUUUUUACUGAUGAGGAAGACGAGGAAGAGACUCAAACGCAGAAGAAGAGGAAGAGGAUGCAAAAGAAUAAGGAUUCUGAUAAGACUUUUAUAGGCGUGAAGGUUGAAACCGAGUCUGAGAAGAAUAAUGCAGGGGGAAACCAGAUGGAGUCAGAGAGGAACAUGACAUUGCGCGCUAGGAAGAAGGUGGCACUGAACCUAGAUGAAAAUAUUAAGAUAUCAGAUGAAAAGAAUAUGGAACAAGAUGUAAAGCUUAAAAAGAAGAGAAUUAAUGGAGUGGCUGAGGACUCCUCCAUGUGCCAUCAGUGCCAAAGGAGUGAUAAAGAAAAAGUGGUUAUGUGUAACGAUUGUAGCAGGAAACGAUAUUGUGUUCCGUGCAUCGAGAGAUGGUAUCCUCAGUUGACUGAAGAUUCAAUUGAAAAACUUUGCCCUUUUUGUCGUGGAAACUGCAAUUGCAAAGCAUGUUUACGUAAAAAUGAAGGACUUAAGGAGCUGUGGAAGUUGAAUGUUGAGAUAAGUGAAGCUGAAAAUAUUCGGCACUCUAAGUAUCUGUUACAUUUACUUCUUCCAUAUCUGAAACAAUUUGUUCACGAACAACUAAAGGAAAAGGAGUUUGCUGCAAGGAUUCAAGGUUUAAUGUUGACGGAUGUAGAAAUACCAAUGGCGGUUUGUGAUGUGGAUGAACGUAUGUACUGUGACAACUGCAAAACUUCUAUCGUUGAUUUCCAUCAAAGCUGUCCUAACUGUUCAUAUGACCUCUGCCUUACUUGUUGCCGGGAGAUUCGUGACGGCUGCCUUCUGGGUGGUAGGGAAGAAGUAAAAGUGAAAUUUUAUGACAGAGGGACUGCAUACUUACAUGGGGACCUUCCUUUUGAGUCUUCAAAUCAUAUCAAAUCAACAUCAGUAGACCAUGAAGAUCAUAAUAAACUAAUAUCAGUGGACAAUGAAAGUGAUGUCAAACCAAUAUCAGCGUGGAAAGCAAAUGAAAAUGGUAGUAUCCCUUGCCCCCCAAAGGAAAUGGGAGGUUGCGGGUUUGGCCUUCUGGAGCUGAAGCGUAUUUUUGAGGACAAUUGGGCCACAGAACUGGAAAACAUAGCAGAGAAAAUGGCAGAGAAAAACAAAGUUGAUGAUGUGCCUGGAAAUUCUGAACAGUGGUGUUCAUGCUUCAACUCGGCUGGUGUGAUCGACGCUGUUAAUGAGAGUUUACGGAAAUGUGCUUCUCGAGAAGAUUCCCAUGACAACUAUUUAUACAGUCCAAGAGCUGCAGAUGUCCAAAAGAGGGCCCUAGAACAUUUCCAGCAGCAUUGGAUCAAGGGAGAGCCAGUGAUUGUCCGCAAUGUGCUUGAACUUACAUCUGGCUUGAGCUGGGAACCUAUGGUUAUGUGGCGUGCACUUCGUGAGGUCACAAGUGUAAAACAUUCCACCCAUCUGACGGUUACGGCAAUUGAUUGUCUGGAUUGGUGCGAGGCUGAGAUCAACAUUCACAGAUUUUUUAUGGGAUACUCAGAGGGUCGAAGCCAUGCCAACCAAUGGCCUGAGAUUUUGAAACUGAAAGACUGGCCUCCCUCUGAGUUAUUUGAGAUGCGGUUACCAAGGCAUUGUGCUGAAUUUGUCAGUGCCUUGCCAUUUCAGGAAUACAUGCAUCCCAAUGAUGGCAUUCUUAAUCUUGCUGUAAAAUUGCCCGAGAAGUCUUUGAAGCCAGAUCUUGGGCCAAAGACAUAUAUUGCUUAUGGAUUUCCUGAAGAGCUAGGCCGUGGAGACUCGGUGACAAAACUUCAUUGUGACAUGUCUGAUGCGGUAAAUGUUUUGACUCAUACUGCUGAUGUAGUGCCGAGCAGUAAGCAGCUUGCAGUGAUAGAAACGUUGAAAGAGAAGCACAGGGAACAAGACCAAAUAGAAAUAUUUGGUGGACUUCCGACAGAAUAUCAAAAAGUUAAGGAGAAGCUCGAGUCACCUGUCCUGGACCAAGCUGAUCCAGAUGCAUGUGCAAUUUUGACUGCAGAGGGGUCAAUCCUGUCUAAGGUUUUGACUGCAGAAAAUUGUAGUUCCUCCCCCAUGCCUGGAAAUAAUAUGCAACCUGAAGGUACCAUUGGUGUGCAAAAUUGUCGUCUUACUUUCUUUGAUGUCAAACAUAAUGCAGAUGAGUUGAAUGUUUCAGCAGGAGAACAGGAAAAUGAAAAUGGUGGGAUCACAAAUGCAGAAGCCUACAGCAACCGAGGUGGAAUUGAUGAUGAAGUUUCUGAUUUAACUAAUCAACGAGUGGGAGAAAAGAUUGACAGGGUCUAUGGAACUGAUGAGCUGCUCCGUAUCAACCGAUGUCUGCAGGAAAAAUAUGUGGGUUUGUUUAAUGUAAAGCCAAAAAAUGGUUUGGUGAAUCUAGAAGUUCAAAAGAGAGAAAAAUAUAGCAUUACGAGUAUCAAACGUGAAAAAAAUGAAGAACUAGCUCGAAUUGAAGAACAGAUGGAAGAAAAUACUUUUCGAGUUGCUGCAAAUGCUGAAGGAAAAGUUGAAGUUAAUGGUAUCCUGUUACAUAGAGGUGGAAAUGCUUGUUCAUCUGGUUUGACUGUGAAACUUAAGGAACGGCACAACUUACUAGAUGGAGAAAACGUGGUUUCUAUUUUGCCAUCGGAAAAGGUGGAGGACAAUAAUUUAUCAGAGGAGACCCAAAAGGGCAUGGAGAAGCCUAGAGGUGUUCCAGGUAGAAAAAGGAAGGGGAAGAAAGUGCAUCCACACUUGCGUGAUAAGACGAGGAAGCUGGAAACUGAGACUUUUAUGAAAGGAUGUCAGAAUAGGGGGGGACCCGGAAGUAGUGAAGAAUAUAAAAGGAGCAGGACACAAGAAGAUUGUGAUGCGUGUCUCUCUAAAAGCAAAAUUUUAACUAAUGAAACACCUUUAAUUGGUAUACUGAAGGAAGAAAUUGAGUCUUCUGGUUCCAAAGAUGAUGCCAAAAUUAAGGAUGAUGACAAGAUGGAAACUUAUAAAGAAAAAGCUAUACCUCAUGCAGUUACUGGGAUCAAGGUGGAGGGGCCUGAACCAGCAGAGGGCGGUGCCCUUUGGGACAUUUUCCGGAGGCAAGAUGUACCUAAGCUAGAGGCUUAUCUUAGGAAGCACAGUAGGGAAUUCAGACACAUCCUUUGUAAUCCUCUAGAUCAGGUUUCUCACCCCAUUCAUGAUCAGACUUUCUACCUAACCGCAGGGCAUAAAAGGAAGCUCAAAGAGGAAUUUGGAAUUGAACCAUGGACUUUUAUGCAAAAACUUGGAGAGGCAGUGUUUAUUCCGGUAGGCUGUCCUCAUCAAGUUAGAAAUCUCAAGUCAUGCAUAAAGGUCGCACUCGACUUUGUAUCGCCUGAAAAUAUUCUUGAGUGCAACCGCUUGACUGAGGAGUUUCGUUCACUUCCACAUAAUCACAGGGCCAAGGAAGACAAACUGGAGGUAAAGAAGAUGAUGCUAUAUGCAGUAAACCAAGCGGUAAAGGAUUUGGGGUACCAGUCUGGGUGAGCAAUU